AUGAAACUCCACCAGGCGGAUGCCAGGAAAUUGGAAUUUCAAAAGUACAAGAACCUGCUGCAGGCAUUCGAGUGGUCGGAGUGGAUACAGCGGGAGGAGUACCUCCAGGAAUGCCAGAUUCUGCGACUGGAGAUCGUGAUCAAGAUGCUCGACAAGCGAGAGCGGGAGAUGCACGCCGCCUCCAAGACGCGGAUUGAGCAGGCCUGCGAGCGCAUCGAGAAACGCCGCCAGGCAGACCUCCAGAAGAACGAGAUAGAGUACCAACGCGGGAUGCGACGGAUAACCAUGCAACUUGCCAAGACCUCCAGGAAGUGGGAGAAGCCAGACACGCUGUUCGCACUGGGUUCGCGCUGCUCCGAGUUCUACGCUCCGAUCCGCCGAUAUGGCGUGGACCCCGUCCGUCGGAACUUCGAGCCGGAAGCCGGGCGUCGAGCAUUCGACAUGCGGAUCGAUAAGCUUGAGAAGCAGGUUAACAUGAACCGGCUGAAGUGCCCCUUUAAGAAGCUGAAAGAGUGGGCCGAACCGAAGCUGCCGACCCACGAAUACGAACAAAACUUCUGUUCGGAGGCCCAUCUGCAAAGCCUCUACGAGUUCCUAAAGAGAAUGAGGAAGCUCAGGGAUCCUCGCACCGAUACGCCUCUCUGCCUAAAAGAAAAGUUCGAUUUUUCAAAGAUUAAUGACCGCGGAGAUUCAACAGUCUCCUACGAUCCAGCCCCGCAGUUCAUCGGUAGGCGAACUCUAAAGCCGUGGGAUAAGAAGCCACUCCAUAGCACUCGACUUAAAGAACCGGAAGAUCCAAAGGUAGAUAGAGACCCAGGACAAGAGAUCCAAUACACCGACUUAGAAGCUUUGAUUAGUGCCUACGAAGGCAAAGUUAUCGGCUUCCUCAUGGAGUUCCUCUUAGAGGAAUCAAAUCGGAUGGUGGAGCAGCGACGUCUCCACGCCUUCGCAAUCCUUUCGCUUAAAGAGCGUUGGCGCCGUGAGGCCAUCGAAGGGGGAAACAGACAAAAGGAGAACGACUUGCGGACGCUGUACGAGGAUAUGUUCCAGCAGAGCAUUUCAGUUAACAACGAUGUGGCCGAUCUCUUUAUCAAGAACAUCCUCGACACCGACGUGUCAGCAAUUGCCGCCAACGAAGCGGCGGAAUCGAUGAACGAGAUGGCUCUGCAGAUCGACCGGGACAUUGAGCGAUGGCUGGAGAGCUUCAAGCUCAUCCAGAAUCCCCUAACAUUUAUACCGCUACGGCUUAUGCUCCGGGACAUGGUCAGCCCGGAUUUGGAUGCCGCCGUGGUGGAGCACGAAAACGCAAUGAUGAUCCAGUACAUUGUGGAGGAGGUGAUCUUCGAUAGGGUGUGGAAGGCACUAGAGCCCUUUGACGUAGGCAGUACCCUGACAAGCGACCUUAUCGACCGCCUCAUCGACAACGACCUCUACCUCUUCUCCACGGACAGCGAGAGCGAUUCCGACCAUAUGCCCUCCUGGUACGAGGCCCAAGCCAUUAUCAGGAAACUCAUUCGUUACUCAGUGCCCGGAAAGCGCUGGAAGGAGGAGAACGAGCGGAUUGUUCACGAUAUAUACGACGAUAUGCUAGACGACAUCUUUGUUCAGUUGAUUUUGAAAUACUAUCCACCCACUCAAGAACGGAUCCAGUGCCAAGAGUAUGAGGAAAUUAAUGAGGAGGAAGGGACUGACUUGAUUUCUAUAAGAUCUGACUUAUCCACCAGGAGUAUUUUCAAUGUUCAUUCCGACCUAUCCAGUUUUGACAACGAUCAAGACAAUGCAAGCGAACGUUUAAGGGUUAUGGAGCUAACUGAAGAUAACAAUAACCUGAGUAGUCAAAAAGAUGUCCAAGACGACUGGAUGUGUGAAAUAAACUAA